AUGUUGGCAUCAAAGUUAGAAGUGCUUUUGGAUUUAGGAUCACAGCCAGAUGAAAAAAUUGUUGAACGGACAUUAAAUGAAUUAAAAUCACUUGAUGGGGUAAAAGAAGCUAUAUUCAAAGACGGUGCCGUUGUGGUUGAAACAGUUUUGCCUAGUACAAUGGUGGUUGACAUUGUAUCCAGGGUUUCUGGUAAAAGAGCUGUUCUACAAGGGUUUGGAGAAACCCAGUCCGCUGUAGCGAUGGUGGCAAACCAGUGCAGAGGUUCUAGGGUAAUGGGUGUGGUGAGGUUUCAGCAGACAGAGGAAGGGCCCCUAGUGGCAGAUGGAAGUAUUGAUGGCCUGACACCAGGGGAACAUGGAUUGCAUGUACACGACAUGGGAGAUAUUAGUGAGGGUUGUAAUUCAAUAGGGAGUCAUUUCAACCCUCAUAAAUCACCACACGGAGGCCCAUUAGAUCCCUCGGAUCGGCGGCACGCAGGUGACCUAGGAAAUAUAGUGGCUGACGAAACGGGUCGUGCCACGUUUAGGAUUCUCGAUAAUGUUCUAAAGGUGUGGGAUAUCGUGGGGAGAUCCAUCGCCAUAACGUCCCGGCCUGAUGACUUGGGCCGCGGUGACGCUCCCUUGUCCAAGGAGAACGGUAAUAGUGGCGAACCCAUAGCGUGCGGUAUAAUAGCCCGUUCGGCUGGCAUUUUCCAAAACCCGAAGCGGAUAUGCGCGUGCGACGGUGUCGUCGUUUGGGAUGAGAGAGACAGACCGUUGGCGGGAAAGGGACGAAGGUGUUGCGAUAACCAUAAGGAGAGCGAAGUGAAACAGUGCUGUAAAGUUUAA